CCUCGAACAAAAUGGCUGUCUCCUUAAGUAUCGUGGGAUAUCCACAACAAGACCCAGAGUAACCAAGGAAGAACAAAACUAUUUCUGUCAUAUGGAUUAACUUGUUCGGCGCUCAUUGGCAUUUCUUCUUGAACUAGAUUGAGUGACAGCACACAAAGAGCAAGACAUUGACUGCACAGCUCAAAGGAAACAGCACAACUUAGAACUGGAGGGGCUAGCUUGAAGAAGUGGUCGCCAUGGAUACUACCACAUCGCUCAAGACGACCACUCUGGCCAUCCAGAGUCUGUUCAGCUUCGUGGAGGAGGAAAACCUACCUGCCAUCAAGGCACACCUGGACAAGUUCAGAGAGGUGGACGGCAGAAGUGACAAUGGCCAGACUCCCCUGAUGGUGGCAGCAGAGCAGGGCAACCUGGAGAUCGUACAGGAGCUCAUCAGGAGGGGAGCCAACGUUAACCUGGAUGAUGUGGACUGCUGGACUGCCCUGAUAUCGGCUACCAAGGAGGGCCACAUUGACGUGGUGAAGGAGCUGCUGACCAACAAUGCCAACCUGGAGAACCGAGACAUGGGAGGCUGGACUGCUCUCAUGUGGGCUGCCUAUAAGGGUCGGACCGAGGUGGCACGCCUGUUGCUGGAGAAAGGAGCCAACGCCAACAUCACCGGUCAGUACAGCGUGUACCCCAUCAUCUGGGCAGCGGGGCGAGGCCAUGCUGAGAUCGUCCGUCUCCUCCUGCAGCACGGCGCCAAAGUCAACUGCUCCGACAAGUAUGGCACCACUCCUCUGAUUUGGGCUGCCAGGAAGGGCCACUAUGACUGUGUGACACAUCUGCUGAAGAACGGUGCCGAUGUUGACCAAGAGGGGGCGAACUCCAUGACGGCCCUGAUCGUGGCGGUGAAGGGCGGCUACACGGAGGUGGUGAAGGAGCUGCUGACGAGGAACCCCAACGUCAACAUGACGGAGAAGGAUGGCAACACCGCCCUCAUGAUCGCGUCCAUCGAGGGACACACUGAGAUUGUGCAGGACCUGCUGGAUGCGGGGACCUACGUCAACAUACCAGACAGGAGUGGAGACACUGUGCUGAUCGCAGCGGUCAGAGGUGGCCAAGUGGACAUUGUGCGAGCCCUGUUGCACAAAUACGCCGACAUUGACGUCAGAGGGCAGGAUGGCAAGUCUGCUCUGUACUGGGCUGUGGAGAAGGGCAACGCCACCAUGGUGCGGGACAUCCUGCAGUGCAACCCUGACACAGAGGCCUGCACCAAGGAUGCAGAGACUCCCCUGAUCAAGGCUACUAAGAUGAGGAACAUUGAAAUUGUGGAACAUCUCCUGGACAAAGGAGCUAAAGUCUCUGCUGUGGACAAGAAAGGAGACACUGCUCUUCACAUAGCCAUAAGGGGGCGGAGCAGGAAGUUGGCGGAGCUCUUGCUGCGGAACCCAAAAGAUGGCCGCCUUCUGUACCGGCCCAACAAGGAGGGCGAGACCCCCUACAACAUCGACUGCACCCACCAGAAGAGCAUCCUCACUCAGAUCUUUGGAGCCAAGCACCUGUCUCCCUCCGAGGCCGACGGGGACAUGUUGGGCUACGACCUAUACAGCAGCGCCCUGGCCGACAUCCUGAGCGAGCCCACCAUGCAGCCGCCCAUCUGUGUGGGCCUGUACGCCCAGUGGGGCAGCGGCAAGUCCUUCCUGCUCAAGAAACUCGAGGAUGAGAUGAAGACGUUUGCUGGGCAGCAGGUGCGGCCGCUGUUCCAGUUCUCCUGGCUGGUGGUCAUCCUGACGCUGCUGCUGUGCGGCUCGGUGGCCUUCAUCCUGGGCUUCACGGUGGACCCGCGCCUGGCCAUCGCCGUCUCCCUCAGCCUGAUGGCCCUCCUCUACAUCUUCUUUGUGGUGGUGUACUUUGGGAGCCGGCGCGAGGGGGAGAACUGGAACUGGGCCUGGGUGGUGAGCACCGGGCUGGCUCGCCACAUAGGCUACAUGGAGCUCCUGCUCAAGCUGAUGUUCGUCAACCCACCAGAGCUGCCUGAGCAGACCACGCGUGCCCUGCCUGUCAGGUUCCUGUUCACAGACUACAACCGCCUGUCCAGCGUGGGCGGCGAGACGUCCAUGGCCGAGAUGAUCGCCACGCUGUCUGAUGCCUGCGAGCGGGAGUUUGGCUUCAUGGCCACCAGACUCUUCCGAGUGUUCAAGAACAAUGAGACACAAGCCAAGAAGUGGAAGAAGACGUGCUGCGUGCCGUCGUUCGUGCUGUUCGCCUUGACGCUGGGCUGCCUGGUGACGGGCCUGGCGCUGCUGGCCAUCUUCCGGGCCGACUGGGAGAACGUGACGGUCACCAGCGUGCUGGUGGCCAUGGCCAGCGUGGUGGGCCUGGCCGUGCUGCUCAACUGCCGCACCUGGUGGCAGGUGGCCGACUCGGUGCUGCACUCGCAGCGCAAGCGCCUGCACAGCGCCGCCAACAGCAUGCACAAGCUCAAGAGCGAGGGCUUCAUGAAGGUGCUGAAGUGUGAGGUGGAGCUCAUGGCCAAGAUGGCCAAGGCUAUUGACGGCUUCACCCAGAACCAGACCCGCCUGGUGGUCAUCAUCGACGGCCUGGACUCCUGCGAGCAGGACAAAGUGCUACUGAUGCUGGACACGGUGAGGGUGCUGUUCUCCAAGGGCCCCUUCAUCUCCAUCUUCGCCAGCGACCCGCACAUCAUCAUCAAGGCCAUCAACCAGAACCUGAACAGCGUGCUGCGCGACUCCAACAUCAACGGCCACGACUACAUGCGCAACAUCGUGCACCUGCCCGUCUUCCUGAACAGCCGCGGCAUCAACACGGCCAGGAAGAUCUGCAUGGCCGCGCCCACCAACGGAGACAUGGCCAACGCAGAUGUCUGGCACGAGGAGAUGGACAGGAAGAACAGUCUGAGUCAAGACCAGGCCAAGAUGGGCAGCAGGACAGCACUGAACCGCAGGGACACAUACCGCAGGAGACAGAUGCAGCGCAGCAUCACACGCCAGCUGUCCUUCGACCUGACCAAGCUGCUGGUAACUGAGGACUGGUUCAGUGACAUCAGCCCUCAGACCAUGAGAAGACUUCUCAACAUUGUAUCAGUCACAGGACGUCUCCUGAGGGCCAAUCAGAUCGUGUUCAACUGGGACCGGCUGGCGUCGUGGAUCAACCUGACGGAGGAGUGGCCCUACCGCACGUCCUGGCUCAUCCUGUUCCUGGAGGAGUCGGACGCCGUGCUGGACCAGGUCACGCUCAAGGCCGUCUAUGAGAGAAUUUCCAAGAACAUCCCGACCACCAAGGACGUGGAGCCGCUGCUGGAGAUUGAUGGUGAUAUCCGGAGCUUCGAGGUGUUCCUGUCGUCGCGGACGCCGGUCCUGACGGUGCGCGAUGUGGAGAUGUUCCUGCCCUGCACCGUCAACCUGGACCCCAAACUCCGGGAGAUCAUCGCAGAUGUCCGUGAUGCCAGGGAGCAGAUGCACAUUGGCGGAGUGGGCUACCCGGCGCUGCCCCUGCAGGAGGCCUCGGCUCGCGGCGGGGCGGCGGUGUUCGGGCACCACGCGCCAGCCUGCUCGCCCGGCGGCUCCAUGCCCGGGCCCUUCCCCCCCGGAGCACCGCUCCCCCCGCAGCCCCACAGCAGCUACUACAGCGGCCUCACCGGCCCUCAGCACCCCUUCUACAACAGGCCCUAUUUCCCCCACCAUGUCUAUCACCUGCCGAGGCCUUACUCUGCCAUUACCCAUCAUGCCCCUCCAUUACGCCCGCCCACUAAACCUGGCUAUCACAAGGAUCCCAACGGACUCGACGCUAUCAAAGAGGAUGCCCGGGAGGCCGCCCCGCCCCCCUCUCCCAUGUUAAAGACACAGGCUUCCAAAGCCAAGCAGGCCCCUGGCUCCGGCAUGGCGGCCGCUCCGUGGGUCCCUCUCAGCUCCAUGACCACAGACGUUGUGUGUGAGCGCGCGAAGCAGAUCGAGGGCCUGGACACCAGCAUGUUGGAGCAGUACACCACCACCAUUAAAAAGGCCAACGUGAAUGGAAGAGUCUUAUCUCAGUGCAACCUGGAUGAACUGAAGAAGGAGAUGAACAUGAACUUUGGCGACUGGCAGCUCUUCAGAGCGAUGGUGAUGGACCAGCGCCAAGCGGAAACCCAGCCGCUGCAUGACGACUCGCGCGCUGGCAGCGAGCUGGGCAGCAGCGUGGGGGGUCCUGUGGAGAUCAGCAGGCGCCCCGGGGGGCCACCCGAGGCCAGCCUGGCCCCCGACGGCACCAUGCGCUACAGCCUCAACCUCAGCUUCGAGGAGCUCAGCAACGUGGGCCUGGAGGAGCCGCCGAGGCACAGCAACUCCCACUGGCCGCCACAGGCUCCGAAUCACAGGACUCCCAGCAUGACGAGCCUGAACUCCCAGGAGUCCUCCAAUGACAUCUGCAAGCUCACCGACAAGCAGCAGGCCGAGUACCACACCGCCUACCAGGAGUACAUCGCUCAGAUGGCCCAGAUGGAGGGCCUGGGGGGCCCCGGGGGCCCCGGGAUGGAGGAGAAGGCCAAGGAGGGCGAGCCGGACGGACGCAAGGCCUUCCCCAAGGUCCGCUCCAAGGUGAACGACGCCAGCGACGGAGACGCCCAGCUCGACCCCAUCACGGAGGAGGACGACGAGAAGCCGGACCCCGGGUCGGCCGGCCGGGCCCUCCUGAGCCGCAAGAGCAAAGGGCCGGGGCCGCGCUACCAGAAGGUGCCCCACGACGAGGACGACUCCGGGGCGGAGGAGUCGGACAGCACCACGCCGCUGCUGAGCCAGGAGAGGAGGCGGCAGGAGGCCGAGGCCCGGCUGCCCGACGAGAGCGCUCACCUGCUGCCCAAGGGGAAGGACUACCUGUCCGAGAUCCUCCUGGACAAGAAGGAGUCGUCGGACUCGGGCCUGCGCUCCAGCGGGAGCUCCUCCGACCACUCGCUGCAGGACGCCGACUCCGAGCCGGAGAAGGCCGAGCCGGAGGCGGCCGAGCUGAUCGAGCUGCUGGAGCCCGAGGGCCUGGUGACCAAGCGGCUGCCCAGGAACCUGAGCGGCCUGCAGGACCCGGCCGUCAUGCGCAUGUCCAUCUGCUCCGAGGCGCCGUCGGAGGGCAGCGCGCUGGCCAGCAGCCCCGAGGAGAACUGGCCCGCGUCGGCCGUCACCAACCUCAACCGCUCGGCCAGCAGCAGCACGCUGAACAACAACAACAGCUCCAAUGCGCAGCACGCCCUGCGCGAGACCACCACCACCAACACCAACAGCACCACCACCACCACCGCGGCCGACGACGACAGCCCGCCCAUCAUCAUCACCCCCGGCUCCACCAACACCACCGCCUCCAUCACCACCACCGCCGUGCUGCACAACGAGAACCUGCGGGCCCUCCAGCGCAAGAGGGGGCCCAGCAGCGACAGCCAGACGGAGGAGGAGCGCGAGAGUGUCCUGUGAAGCAGCAGCAGCAGCACAACGGGAGCGCACCAACUGACCCCGUGCUGACCUUUCAUGAUGUCAUGUCUGUGUGCGAGAUAGGAGUUGGUAUAAAACCUGAAGUAAGGAGAGUUUGCAUUUCAAGCCAAAUCAACACUUGGCCUCACAACAGUUGUUUCAGAUGUAGUGUCAAAAUGCCAAAUAGCUCUUUCUUGAUGAAGCUAUGAAGCUAGACUUUCUGACAGCCUAAAUGUGAUGUACGGUAAAUUUGCUAGAAUAGGUUUAUAUUAAUCUACCAAGUGGGAAUCAAUAUGGAGAGAUCUUGCAAUAAUCUCAUAAAGGACUACAUUGGCCUGUCAGACAUACUUCAACCUUGAGGUGGUCAUCAAUCUUGUCUACUGAUAAAACUCAUGUUUGAUUCAGAAAUAAAGUGAUGUGUUGCUGUUAGCUGAGGUUUUGUGCCAAGCUGUGAAUUGUGAUGGUACGAUAUACUGUAAGACAUAAUGAUGUGACUUUGUGAGUGUUCGCUUCAACUACACUUCGAAAAUCCUCCGAACUGUUUGUCUGAGAGUCUGUGGUGUUCAUUGAAAGAAAGACAUGCCUGUCUAAUUUGUAUGUCGUUAAAAUUGAUAUGAUGUGUUGGUGUAAUGUGCUGUUUGAAAAACGCUGUGAGACUCCUAUUUCGACCUGAUUAAAUCUACAGGUGUUGUGACAAAUUGAUGUGAGAAAAGUAGAUGUUACAAGUCGCUGUCACAUAGCAGGGCAGCGCUGGCAGAAACAUUUUGCAUGCAUUGUUGGUGUUUUGGUAGAUGUUGCCACAUUUUCCCUUCGUCUUUUCAAGAAAUAAACAUGUCUGGCUACAAAA